AUGGGCCGGCGAAAUGAACCCAAUUUGCGUCUUUCAGGAGCUGUGAAUCGUAACAGCAUCUUCAAACACGGUGAGCAUCUUCUCCAUGAGCUGCAGCGCAAGAGGCCACUAGGCCGGCCAGUGAUCUUUGUAACUCACUCUCUCGGCAGAAUCCUGCUCAAAGAGACGUUGGGAUUGUGUUCUAGCUCGGCAUAUCCCGCGGCCACCGAAGUUGUCGACAAUAUAGCGGGUAAAGUGUUCAUGGGUUUGCCACGCCAUGGCAGUUUAGUUGCACAUGUCGGCGAGAAUUUUCGGAAAUUGGCCAGCUUCGCCCUGAUGGGAACUAAUGCGCUGAUUCUUGACAGCUUGUCGCUGAAGAAUUUGAUUUGGAACGAUGCCAGCACGUGUUUUCAGCGCUCUGGCUUAAGCACAGUUUCCGUGAUGACGCCUCUUCUGCGCUUGCAGGCGCCGGUUCAUUCGACAGCACUACAGGAGACAGUCGAGUGGUACAACUUAUCCACGAAAGUGUUGCUGAAAUCUUCCUGA